UUCGCUAGGUCGAACCCGCACGCGAUUGAAGUCGAUUUCGGGUAGCCGACAUAAUCUGGGGUUCUCGGAUUAUCCGCUUUGUUGCCGCGUCGCCUUCAUCUAUCCUGGACCAACGUUUGGUCUUUUGAACAACAAUUCCACGUCGAUCCACGGUACAUUGUCCUGAAUCAUGGCAUCGAACACCCCCGAGCAUCAUUAUCCGACGAGUUAUGGAAUGUCCUUGUCUGGGCAAGGGAAAGUUGCAAUUCCACGAUUGCAAAGACUUGAACAAAGGCAGGGUGGACAGAAAGACAGACGUCGAGUUCCACGGGCCUGUACCGGAUAUUACCAGGCGUGUUCUUCAUCCGAUAGGCUGGCAUGAUUAUGAAUUGGUACGAGUUCUAACGGUGGCACAUUUAGUGUCGCUCCCACAAGAUCAAAUGCACCGGCGAGAAGCCAAGGUCGUCACCGAACAAUGCCACCAAUUAGCAGAGUUUCUUAAGGAUAUAAGAGACCGUGUAAGCGCCGAAGAUGGGGACCGAAUUACUGACAUCCUAGAUGAGAUCGAUGAGGACUUGUCAGAAAACAGGCUCACCCCGACUCCAACACCAUCGCAUCUUGACGUGGACGACAGGCGUGGCUCACAAGAAAGCGGAGAACUCAGUGGUACUGAAUACUUCGAGCAUCAUGAGACCGAAGCCUUGGACCUCCUGGAUGAAGACUUGCAUAGCAAAGACGAGGCCCGAUCAACGGGAUUCAUUGGAAAGAGUUCAGAGGUACAAUGGUUGCGUGCAGUGGUCCUAGCCCAGCAUGAAAGAACGGAUACAGAGUGGCCUGGAUCCGAGCCUCAACGCCGUCCUUCGGUUGCUCCAGGUAGCGAGCAGAUAAGUUCGUUUAGCUUCUGGGCUGACUGUGACGAUGUGAGUGUCAACUUCUACGUGGAUCCAUACGAACUGCCCCAACCCGACUUCGCUGAGCAUUUGAUACGAUGCUAUAUGCUCAGGGUGCACGAUUCCUUCCCGAUCCUGCCACGAAACUUCGAGGAACAAACUCGCGUGUAUUUCACGGCUUUGCGCGCGGGGAAUGCCCCACGUCUCAACCUCAAGUGGCAGGCCAUCUUGAAUCUUGUCUUCGCCAUUGGUGCAAAUUAUUCGUACCUUUACAAUAAGGACUGGCCGACAGGAGACGCCAAUGUGUUCCAAGCCAGGGCGCGGGCGUUUGGUUUGAACGAAGCUUCUCUGACUACUCAUGCUGAUGUGCCGCGAAUCCAAGGCUUGGGUCUUCUCGCGUUUUACUGGCUAAGUAUCGGACAGGUUAGUCGGGCUUGGACGCUUGUUGGGGUGGCUCUUCGUUCAGCCUUUUCCCUCGGCCUUCACGUACGGAACGAAGAUCCUUCCGCAAGCGCCUCUAAACGACAGACUUUGGUACAAACGUGGUGGAGCUUAUACUCUCUCGAAAGAAUGCUGAGUAUCAUUACCGGUAGGCCUAGCAUUAUCGUGGAUUCUUGCUGCUCAGUGCCGUUGCCCGUGGCAGUGUCGGAAGAAGAUCCAGCGGGGGAAAUGGAGGCGGCACACAGCAUGCGUACGACGAACGCAUCGUCGUCAACAUCUGCCAUAUUUUCCGGCUCUUCGAAUAUCGCUUCAAACGCUUCUCAAACAUCGAUACGACCUAGAGGAACACAUGCCAACUCGGGGCUGUAUUUCAGAGCCGUCGUUCAAUUAUCCAUCAUAACCCAGAACAUUCUUACGUCCCUUUACUCCGCGGGUACGAUGAUUCGGUCGCCAACCGAUAUUCAACAGGAUACCUCUCUCUUGAGCCAACGUCUCGAUCAGUGGGCGUCAUCGUUACCCCAGCAAAUAAGACCAGAUGAACCGUUGCGCAAAACGCUUGACGUGUCCGGCCGUGAGCGCAUGUUGCUUCGGUUCCAACUCUGCAGCGCACGAAUACUACUCACACGCCCAUGUUUGACUGCCAGGCGGCAACCGUGGAGGGAUGCAAAUGAUGCAAGCUUUUCGAGACGCAUGGCGGACAGCUGUAUCGAGGCUGCAAGCACGAUAAUUGCUUCACUUCCAGAUGAGUAUAGUCCUCAGCUAUAUGAGCAGUGCCCUUGGUGGUGCCUUGUGCACCAUAUCAUGCAAGCUAUCUCUGUUUGUCUUCUUGGCCUUUCACAUCCCACAUCAACAUCUUGUGAGGCAGCGAAGAUGAUCCAUUGUGUUACGACGGCAAUCCGCUGGCUGCAGAUGAUGAAGGGCCCGGUGGCAGAGCGUGCGCAUCGCAUAGCUUUGAGUUGUUUCGAGGGUUUGGCCAGACGGUACGCUGUCGACAUUUCGGGUCUUUGGAACCGGAGGGAGCUUCCGGUGAUGCAACAGCCGGUAUCCAAUACCCCUGCAGAAGUACAUCAACCGACGCACGAGUUCUUCUUGUUUUGAGCUCUCUAUCUUCAAAUGAGGUGGGGAAAGUCUGGUAAGAGGUAGGGCAGGCACAUACAUG